AUGAAAAAACCCAAAUCCAAACUCCAAAACAGAAGAAAAUCAGAAGUUGAAGAAAUUGAAUUCCUUUCAAAAUGGAUCGAACAUGGAAAACCCGACUCUGGUUCCAACCCAUUGUCUCUUCUCCCUUUGCCUGCGAAGUCUCCGGUUGGGCGUAUCGAUGAUGAAAACAGUACUAGUUAUUCGCGGUAUGCAGGCUGCACAAAGUUCCAACAACUUCCUAUUUCAAAGAACUUGAAAGAUGGGUUAAGACAAUCUGGGUAUAAAAACAUGACUCGUAUUCAAAGAGCUUCUUUGCCUCACUCCCUUUGUGGCCGCGAUAUACUCCCUUCUGCUAAAACAGGCUCCGGAAAAACUCUUGCUUUUAUCAUUCCUGUGUUGGAGAAAUUAUACAAAGAAAGAUGGGGUGUAGAGGAUGGAGUAGGUAGCAUUAUCAUGUCUCCAACAAGGGAGUUGGCAUACCAGCUUUUUGGUGUAUUAAAAUCAGUUGGAAAGCACCAUGGAUUUAGUGCAGGCCUCUUAAUUGGUGGUAACGAGUAUGAUGUAGAGAAAGAUCGCGUGAAUCACAUGAAUAUAUUGAUCUGUACUCCUGGUCGCCUUCUCGAGCACAUGAACUCAAUUCCAAAUUUCGAUUGUUCCCAACUACAGAUUUUGGUACUUGAUGAAGCAGAUCGAAUUCUUGGUGCUGAUUUUAAGAAAGAAGUCAAUGCUAUAAUUUCACAACUUCCAAAACACAGACAAACUCUAUUGUUCUCUGCAACACAAACAAAGUCAGUUAAACAUCUUGCACGACUCAGUCUGAAGGACCCUGAAUAUAUUGCUGUUGAUGAGGACGCUAUUGCUGCAACUCCCACACGUCUUCAGCAGAAGGUCAUGCUUGUCUCCCUUGAUCAAAAGCUAGACAUGUUAUGGAGCUUCAUUAAGGGACAUCCACAUUUAAGAAUUCUAGUUUUCCUUGCCACCUGCAAGCAGGUGAGGUUUGUGUAUGAAGCAUUCAAGAAACUUCUCCCUGGGGUCCCUUUGAAUUAUCUGCAUGGAAGGAUGAAACAAAUACAACGGACGUUCAUACUACAGCAGUUUGUUGAUCGCCGAUCAGUUCUCUUCUCAACUGACGUGGCUUCAAGAGGUCUCGAUUUCAACAAAGGGGUUGAUUGGGUUGUUCAGGUGGAUUGCCCUGAUGACGUUGCAGGUUACAUACAUAGAGUUGGCCGAACUGCCCGUUAUGAUUCCGUAGGGCGGUCAGUUUUAUUUCUCUUGCCUUCCGAAAUGAAAAUGCUUGAGAGACUGCAGGAGAAAAAGAUACCUAUUCAGUUGGCAGAGGCAAAUAAAAACCGGCUGCAAUCAAUUUCUGGUUUAUUAGGUGGUCUUCUAGUCAAGGAAACGGGUCUACAACCAUUGGCUCAGAAGGCCUUUAAAACAUAUGUGAAAUCGAUUUACAAAAAGAAUGAUAAAGAAGUUUUUGAUGUGACAAAGCUUCCCAUUGAAGAUUAUUCAGCAUCCUUGGGUUUGCCAAUGACUCCAAGACUACAUUACCUUGACCGUAAGAAUCCAGAAAGGGGGCUCACAGAAUCCAAUUCAGUAUCUGAAAUACCUGUGAGAAAAGAGUUGAUUAGACAAAAGUCAAGUAACAACUUACUUGAGGAAUCUGAAGAUGAUGAGACACUUGAUUUACUUCAUAGAAAGGAAACUCCUGAUGGCGAAGAAGGGAAUGCAAUAGCAGUUGACGAUAUGCCUUCAACAAGAGUUCUUAAGAAAAAGAAGCUGAAGAUCAAUGUCCAUAGACAAUUCGGGAAUCGAGUUGUAUUUGAUGAAGAAGGGAACACCCUGCCACCGGUUGCAGCACUAGCAGACACAAGGGCAGACUCUGCUCUACUUGAUAGAGAUAAAGUAUGUAAGAGGUUUGCAGACUUGAGAGAAGAUAUGAAGAAACGUGACAAAGAGGAUAAGCAACUGGACCAUCAAAGACGUAAAGAGAAGAGAACAAAGGAGAAGAAUAAACAUAAAAGAGCAAGAGAUGAAGAAGAUGAGGAUGAAGAGAAUGAUGACUUUUCUAAGUCAGAUAAAGACUCCAAGAAUGUCAAAAGAAACAAGGUGUAUUUUGAUAGCGAUAGUGAUAAUGAGAAUAAAGAAAAGGUGACAUUGAAGACUGAUGCAAUCUCUUUAGCAGAUCAAGAGGAGCUUGCCCUCAAGUUAUUGAGCUCAAUGCAAUCUUGAGUUUUGAUCUCCACAAUGUGUCUAAAGAAACGGAAUGGAUUAAAUGUUCCACUUUUGUUGCGGGUCGACUUUUGUGCUCCCUUGAUCUAAAGAACUAGUGUAAACAUCAAUUUUGUAAAUUUUUAAGUAGCAUAUAUAGGUAAAAUUUUUACUAACCCAAAACAAAGUUGGGGAUUGUAAUUUUCAUGGUAGUUAAAUGUUAAGGCCGAACUGAAGA